CAACCGUCGCCGCCGUCAGUCCACCACGAGACCCCGGCACGCAUUCGUCUUGCUCCAACGACGACGCCGACACCACCACACCGACCACCGUGCACACAACACACUCGAGAUAAGAAUAAUUAUUUUUAUUUGUUUUUUCUGAGCAACCACCCGAGUCAACGGGUCGGCUUGCACGGUAUCCGAGAGUACGUGCGGAAAUCUCAGUCCGCGGAUCGCGUUUAGGAACACACACCUAUACGCGACAGUCACAUACCGGCGUGCUGGUGGUGCCCCUCUGUGAUACACAGAGAGAUAGAGCAAGGGAGACGAUAUAGAAAGAGGGAAAGAGUGGGAGAGCCGUCCAUCCGAGUCGGCGAUCACACGUGUUGGCACAUUUCCAAGCGCUAUUCCGCGUUCAUUUGAAAAGGAAGCCAAUCCGUUUCGUACUUAAGCCCAGCACGCUUUAAUCCAGGUGAUUGGAGUGCCUUUUCAGGGAGCUAUUUGAAAGUUAAUUUUGUGAAAGAAGCAUUGAACCAUAAUGGCUGCUUUUGUAGCGAAGCAAGUGGUCGGAAACAAACUAAACGCCGUUAAAGGCGCAGUUGGUGAUGGCGGCGAGUCAGCUGAAGACAAAGAGAAAAACGCAGAAGCAGAAAGAGAAAGGUUGGAGGCGAUCAGAGAGGCCGAGGAAAGACGUAAAGAGAAGCACCGCAAGAUGGAAGAAGAACGAGAAAAAAUGAGACAAGAAAUCCGAGAUAAGUACAACAUCAAGAAGAAAGAAGAAUUACCCGAACCGACUCAGGAAGAGCCAGCCAACCCUUUAAUGCGCAAAAAGAAAACGCCCGAAGAAUUGGCCAAGGAAGCGGAAAUGGAAGAAGAAGACGAAUUUACAAAACUAAAGAACACUAUUGAAACCCAGGUAAAUGAACUCAAGUCCCAGAUCGAGAGCAAAUGCAGUUUACAGUGAGUUGUGCUCAUUGAAAUCGACGCAGAACAAUUACUAACAAUUAAAAAUUAUAAAUUAAAACCAGUAACAGCGUAAUUGAAAAAAAAAUAUUGUGAUUCAAACUCAUUAAAAGUAAUAUAGAGUGUUAUAAAUUAUUAUUAAUAUUAUUAUGAUACAAAAAAAAAGUAUUUAUGUAUAUUAGUAUUUAAAAAAAUUGUUAUUGUUGUUAUUGUAUAACAUUUAUAAAAGUCAAGUUAGAAUUUUGCAGUUUUAACAAAAUCGAACAUUUUAGGUAAAUAAUAUUAUUACAUUAUCAUGAUUUAUGAAUUAUAAAAUUAUUGAGCAAUUACAAAUAGAAUCAGAACUGUAUCUAAUAUAAUAGUAUGUGAGUAAUGUAAAUUUUAACAACAUGAUUGUUAUUAAUGACUAAUGUUAAUUCAGCUUAAUAAAACAAAGUAAUGUUAAGAUCUUUUUAGUCAGAGUAACUAAUAAUAAUUAUUUUAAAAUAAAUCUCUUAUAAUUAUAUAGUACUAAAACACGAAAUGUAGUUCUCACAACAAUUGAGAAUAUUACAACGGCCCAAAAGUUUGUUUAUCAUUUUUUGUUUUCUUCUUCUAAAAACGACAAUAAUAUUAUAUUAUACAAAAGUUUUUUAGUUGCAUUUAUUCCCUUCACAUAAAAAACGAAAUAUUAAUAAAAAUAAUAUAAAAACC